AUGGCCGGAGUGGAGUCCCCGGGGCGCUGGACGCCGGAGCGAGCGGGGAGCGGCGAGCUGGGCGGCGGCGUCGCGGGAGCGGAUGGCCGGCGCGGCCGUGGCAUGGCGGGGCAAGCUGUAGCAGGGAGCUACGCGGGGCAGGGCACGCGAGCGGGCCCCGGGUGCAGGCGCGUGCGGCAGGGCAGGACGGAGCGUGGCGGGGGGCGCGCGCGGUCGAGCGGGCGCGACCGGGGCCGCGGUGGCCGCGAGCACGGCGCGGGCGGCACGCCGGCAUGGAGCUACGGGAGAGAGGGCGCGGGUGGCGAGGCUGCGUGGGGCGGAGCGGAGCACGGUCGCGCGGCAGGGAGAGAGGAGGUCGGGGCCUCACCGCAGGUUGUAGGGAACGGGGCAGUGUUUGCUGGGGAGGAUGACGGCGACGACGAGCGUGGCGGAGACGGGAUGCAGGUCGGCGAGGGAGCGCUCUGGCGAGGACGGCGUCGUGGUGGUGGCGACGUAGCUCGAGGGGGGCCAGCGGGGAAGAAGCGAUGGGGCGGCGCCGGCGAGGUCCAGCGAGCGCCUGGCGUCGCCGGGGCGGCGGGGUAG